AGAUUUGAUUAGAAUUUCAAUGAUUUUUUGGAUAAUGAAUUUUCGACUGUUUGACUCCAUUCAGAGUUUUUGGCUCACUUCUUGGUUGUGAAGUGAAAGAAUGGCAAGUCAAGUAAUUCUUCUGGAUUACUGGCCAAGCCCUUUUGCAGCAAGGGUGAGAACUGCCUUAGCAGAGAAGGGGAUUCACUACGAGUCUAAAGAUGAAGAUUUGGCCGAUAAAAGCCCAUUGCUCGUGGAGGUGAACCCCGUUCAUCAAAAAGUGCCUGUUCUGAUCCAUAAUGGAAAACCCAUUUGUGAAUCAGAUGUAAUCAUCCAGUACCUUGAUGAUGUGUGGAAGGAUGAAUCUCUUCUGCUGCUUCCCUCUGAUCCAUACCUGAAAGCAAAAGCAAGGUUCUGGAACCACUUCAUCAACACAAAGGUGUAUGAGUCUAGCAGAAAGGUAUGGAUGAGCAAAGGGGCGGAUCAAGAAGCUGGAAAAAAGGAACUGACUGAGUGGUGCAAGUUAUUAGAAGAGGAACUUGGAGAUAACCUUUACUUUGGGGUUGAGACUUUCGGGUUUGUCGACAUUUCACUUGUUCCUUUCUACAACUGGUUCAACUUUUUAAAGACCUUUGCGGAUUUCAGCAUUCAAGCAGAGUGUCCUAAUCUAGUGAAAUGGGGCGAGAGGUGUUUGGAGAAGGAGAGUGUGUCCAAGUCUCUGCCUAACCCUGAUCAGAUGUAUGCAGCCUUUUUGGAAUUCAAUCAAAGGUUGGGUAUAUAGUUGAAGAGGGACUAUAAACUAGGGUAGAAUUACAUACAUAAUGUUGUGCAAUACAAUAUUUUAGCUGAACCACUAACAAUGGAGAGCAGUACAUUAUUGGCUUGCUUUUGUAUGACUAUUUUUGUUUAAACAAAGAAAUAACUAUUGAACUUUACGUUC